ACCCAGACUUGUGUCGUCACAGGCCGGCCGCUGGGAGGAGACAUCUCAAUCUGCUGCUGGUGUCGUGUGCUGCUGAGUGUUUGAAUAGGAAAAAGGGAGGCGUUAUAGCUAGGCGUGUUAACGGGGAAAAAACAAAACGAGAUUAUUAUCCCAUACAAACAGCAACAAAAAAAAGAACGGAAGACCAAGCACAGCGGUUCGGUUUAUUUUCCUUUUGCCAGGGUAUUGCUAUCGGUAGACUUUGGGAAUCAGUUUUUUAUUUUGCCUAAGCAAUGAAAGAUCAAGACAAAGGCUGAUGUGAAACUGGAAAAUCUGUUUUAUUACUAAGGAAAGGAGAACACGGCAAAAAAUGGAUAGUGCAAAUGGUAACAAUGCUACGAGUCCACAGCAACAACAACCACAUGAAUUUCAGCAGCAGCCUACUGCACAGCACCACAGCAGCAACGGAAAGAAGAAGGUGAACCGAGCCCCUUCACCGGCGAGACCCAGAGAUGCCCCCGGAUGGUCACUGGCUAAGAACAGAAGCAACAAUGGGUCUGCAACCACCAGCCUGGGCAUCAGGACUGGGGGGAUCAGUCUCGGCAGCCGGGUGUCUAGACGCAGCCCUGGGAACUCAAAGGAGCUCAAACACGAGAAGAUUAAGCAAGCUGCUAAAUCCACGUUGUCUAUUUCAAGCGCCCACAAAAGUGUUAGUAAAUCUGUAAAAGCAGCAAGAAGGAAGAUAUCGGAUGCCAGCAAUGCAUCCGAUGAUCUGAGCAAAGAUUCUGGUUGCGCCCCCGGGAAACUGUCUCCUACGGAUAGCAGCUCCGAGCUUUCCGAUUGCGCUUCGGAGGAAAAUAAACUUUCCGCGGAUGCUCUGAGCAGCGAUACCGAAUCGAGCAGCCGGGGUGGAGGAACCGAUGGCGAGAGACAAAGUGCGGACCCAGAAAAUGGCAUAUCUGACACCAUGAGUGACCAAGAUGCCAAACCCCCCGUGGACAAGGACCGACUAUCCUUCGGGGUAGAAACCGGGGAAGAGAGUAUCUCCCCCGGCGACGAGCGCUCUGUUGCCUCGCUGGACAGUCGCCUCCAUGUCAGUACCUCGCUGGCAUUUUCUGACCUAACGGAGGAAUUUAUGGACGGGAUGCAGGAAGAAUUUAUCAGGGAGAUUGAGGAACUAAGAUCUGAAAACGAUUACUUAAAAGAUGAGAUUGAGGAGCUGCGGACGGAGAUGCUGGAGAUGAGGGACAUGUACCUGGAGGAGGAUGUCUAUCAGCUCCAGGACCUCCGGCAGCAGCUGGACCAGGCCAACAAGAUGUGCCGUAUCCUCCAGUACAGACUGCGCAAGGUGGAGCGCAGGAGUCUGCGGGUGGCCCAGACCGGCCAGGUGGACGGGGAGUUCAUCCGCACCAUGGAGCAAGACGUCAAGGUGGCAAAGGACGUCUCGAUCCGCCUGCACAACGAGCUGGACGGGGUGGAGAGGAAGCGGAGCAGGCUGGAGGAGGAGAACGAAGAACUGCGGCAGAGACUCCUCGAACUGGACGUGGCCAAGCAGGUCCUUCAGACAGAGCUGGACAAAACCAAGGAGAAUCUCAAGAAAAGAGGAGCUCGCGCCAUUAAUAAAACCGACAAGAAGUCAUCGCCUCAGGAGGACAGCGCCGACCUCAAGUGCCAGCUUCACUUUGCGAAAGAGGAAUCAGCCCUCAUGUGCAAGAAGCUGACCAAGAUGGCCAAGGAAAACGACAGCAUGAAAGAGGACCUGGUCAAGUACAGGUCUCUGUACGGAGACCUGGACAGCUCUCUCUCUCUAGAGGAGAUGGCUGACUCUCCACACUCCAGAGAGGCCGAGCUGAAGGUCCACCUCAAACUGGUAGAGGAAGAAGCCAACCUCUUGAGCCGGAGGAUCGUGGAGCUCGAGGUAGAGAACCGUGGCGUGAGAGCUGAAAUGGACGACAUGAAGAGCCAAGAGCUUCAGGGUCAUCUGGUCCUGGCUUCAGCCAGCUACGGGGAGUGUGGGGAGAGCAUGAUGGAGCUCAAAAGACACCUCCAGUUUGUGGAAGAGGAGGCCGAUCUUCUGAGGAGGUCCCUCCUGGAGCUCGAGGAGCAGAACAAACUCUUGAUGAACGAUCUGAACAAGUACAAAUCGGAGCAUGACCUUGACACCACCAUGUCGGAGGACAGCUGCUCGGUGAUAAGCGAGCCCUCGCAGGAAGAGCUGGUGACCGCCAAGCUCCAGAUCGGCGAGCUCAGCGGGAAAGUGAAGAAGCUCCAGUAUGAGAACAGAGUCCUUCUCUCCAACCUCCAGCGCUGUGACCUGGCCUCAUACCAGUCCACACGCCCCUCAAUGGAGACGGACGCAGAGGCUGGAGAUUCGGCCGAAUGCAUUCCAACUCCAAUCAGGAGAGAAGGACCCAUCGGUGGGGAGAAUGAUUCCAGGGAGGACCAGGAGAGGUCUACUGGGAUAAGGAGCAACAGGAACCCGGAGUUUUUUUCACCACGAUUCCUUGGAACAAGAGACUUUGAGGCUAUGCUGACCAUCAAAGAUCAGGCUGAACUUGUUAGCAAAGCCAUAGAUCUUUUGAUAUCGGACUCUAAUGGGUUUACAUCGUAUCCAAAGGUUUGUCCUACUAUUGAUUCCACAGAGCAGACUUUGAACGAAAGUGUUGAUAAAAACGAAGCCCCCAGUGACCUGAAGCUGGUUAGUGCCCUUAAUAUCAGGCUGAGUGCUUUGCAGAGGGAAAUGGUCUCCUUCAUGAAGAAGGUAGACAACCUCAGGGAAUCUUUCAAGGAGCAAAUAGAAGGUGUCUCGCCAUUACCUAUUCUAACAGAAUCAGGAAGCUUUUUAUCAACAAUGACGUCAACGUCCCAAGAUUGUACACCAGAGGUUCUGAGCAAAGGACUGGUCACUGACCAGAAGCAGCCUGACUUUAGGGAUCAAACGGAGUGGCAGCUAGCAGGCCAGGGACACGGACAGCCAGGGGGCAACCUGAACAGCCCUGAUGGGGACCCGAGCAAAGAGACCAACAGAGAGUCCAAGACCUACAAACAAGACGAGCAGGAAUCCUACCCUAGUGAGAUCAAAGCCCUGCAGUCGGUUCUCUUGGAGGCGAAGGAGAGUAUCCGGGGCCUGCAGGAGCAGCUCUCCCAGGAAAGACAGACUCGCAGCAAGGAAGCCGAGAGCUGCACUCAGAGGAUCUCACAGCUGAAGGAGGAGCACCAGAAAGCUCUGCUCCGGAGGGACUUCGAGCUGCAGAGCCUGCGCUUGCAGACCCGUCUGGAGCAGAAGUCCUGGAGCCAGGAGAAGAACCUCAUGGUGCAGGAGUCCCAGCAGCUCAAGCAGGGCCUCCUGCUGCUCACCCUCAAACUCAAGUGCUUCCUCAAGCAGUGGAGGCUGGGCAAGAAGCUGGACAACAAGGGGCCAGACUUCCUGGAGGUUAGCAGCGUAAAGGAUCUAUACAUGCUAAUUGAAGAAGAGGAGUUGGCUCCACACCAGCUGGAUAACAAGACCGCCGCCGCAGACGAUAAAUCUCAGAGUUCUGUAACCCUGGAGAGAGUUGAUAGCAUCGUGGAGAGAAAUUACAAGCAGGCGAGCAAGCUGGGCAGUGCCCUGGCUGACCUGAAGGAGGCGCUGUGGGAGCUGUGCACGGAGCUGCAAGAGGAGAGGCGCGGCUCCGAGGAGCUCACGCAGCAGUUCGCCAAGGCCAAGUCUGCCUGGGAGGUGGAGAGAACCGAACUCAAGUGCCACACCAUGCAACUGGAGUGCAAGGCAGGGAAGGCUGGCCCGGAGAAGGCACCUACGGAGCUGAAAGCAGCUCUGAAGCGGGAGCGCGAGGAACACCAGCACCUGCUGGCCGACUCCUACGCUGCAGUCAUGGACCUGACCAAGCAGCUGCAGAUCAGCGAGAAGAACUGGAGCCGAGAGAAGCUGGAGCUCCUGGAACACUUUAAGCAGGAGCAGAGACAUUGGGAGCAGAGACUCCAGGACACCCCGAGCAAAACCAGCCAGACUUCACAUGAAAGAAUUACUGAAAAAGAAAUAUCCUGUGAGCCAGACGCGAUGGGAACAAAUCUACAGAGGACCAAAUCCGUUUCUUCCAUGUCCGAGUUCGAGAGCCUCUUAGAUUCCUCUCCCUUCGUCCCUGCCGACGGCAACAAUGACAACAACAGAGACCAGAAGGGUCAGUCAGGCGUCCAGGCGAUCCCCAACAACCUCUCCAACCUUGGGGAGCUCAACAAGAAGAACUGGGAGUAUUUGACAAAUGAGAAGGUUGAAACGUCUGACCCUUUCAAGACCUGGGACGGUCCAACGAUGGCCAACCAUGACACAUCGCAGAAACACAUACAGAGGAGCUAUACCGCGCCGGAUAAAACUGGCAUCCGGAUCUACUACAGCCCGCCCGUGUUGCGCAGGAUGGAAGGCUGUGUUAUGCAGGGAAAAAACGAGGAGAAGAUGAUGGCUGAGCCAGGCUACUUGUUCACCACUGCCAAGCCCAAAGAUCUUGGAGAUUCAGAAAAUCCUUCAGAAAGCACGUACGGCAGAUGGCUCUGCAACUUUUCUAAGCAGCACAGGGACCUCCUGGACAGCAGCUCUGUGCCUCACACUGUGGCGGCCACUGCAGGAUUACCCUUGCCCUUCCACAGCCUGGAGAUAUCUGGCAACCUGAGCGACGACAUGAAGGAAAUGACAAACUGUGUGAGGCAAGCCAUCCGUUCCAGCUCUCUGGAGAGAAAGUGCAAGGACACUGCUAGCCAGACCGUGGGGGUCACCACCACUGCCACCCAGACUACACAGUUUGUCAGCAUUGGCCUGCAGACAGAGGGCCCGAGAACCAGCCUGCACUCCAAGAGUUGGUCGCCCAGGAGUUCUUCACUGAUGUCAGCCCGCAGCAGGCAGAUAUCAACGUCUUUAGAUAAGGUCCACAGCAAAAUUGAUCGUCCAUGUUAUUCACCCAAGUAUGGUUCUCCCAAGCUGCAGAGAAAGUUGUCGACAUCCUCAUCCAAGUUGGACAGCUCUAAAGACCGAAGCCUGUGGAACCUCCACCACAGAGGACAGAAUGGGUCAGCAUGGGCCAGGUCUACCACCACCAGAGACAGCCCCGUAUUAAGUGGCCUCAACGACGGGCUCUCCAGCUUGUUCAACGUGGUGGAGCACUCUGGUAGCACUGAAUCUCUAUGGAAGGGAAUCCCACAGGAGAGUAAAACCAAGGCAGAAGUUCCCAAGUAUGGCAUCGUCCAAGAAUUCUUCCGCAACGUCUGUGGCAGGACUCAAACUCCUGGUCCUGGUGGGGAAAGACAACAGAAAGAAGCCAUCCUGGAAGACGGGAGCAAGAAACUAGACAGUGCUGUUGCUGCAUCUUCUUCACUCGGAAAUACCCAUUCAGAUAACGUUGCAAAGAUUGUGAACAAGAGACUUCUGAAGCAGUGCAUGAAAGACAACCUAAACCAUGGCAGCAAAGAUUCUACAACAAGAAACAUGAGUUCAUCAAAUGCACUCGAGGAUGCAGCUUGUGACUGUACAUCUCAGUCGCUCACCUCUUGUUUUGCACGUCCCUCUCGAUCGACCACCCGUCACUUACACCCGCAGUGCAAGCUGCGCUCCACAGAUCCCAACGCAGCUGAAGAGAAAGGAGAGGCAGCCGAGUGAAGACACUGCCCUCGUACUGGGGCACCCUGCCCAGAACACAGGCUAGCUCUGCCCUGAACGAGGAGGAAAGCAGGCUGACUUAAACCAUACCAAGCCAUGAGCUAAAAGCAUCUGGAAUGUUGCCUGGGCUGGUCUCCUUUUCAUUAUCCAUACUGUAUUCUGACUAGCCAAAUAUUAGAUUAGCAACACAGGUCUGAAUUCAAUUAUUUAUUUUUUUUUUGGAUGGAGGUGAAAACGUGAAUUCAUACCUGUAAGGAUAUUUAUUUGGAUGCAAGCAAGCAACACACAAUGAAUAUGGUCCAAAUAAAUAUUGUGUCGCAAAAGUUUUUUUUUAGCUCAUUGUUGCUCUUGUAAGGUCUUGCAGCAUUUCCCUCCACUAAAAAGGGAAUUAACUUGGGCCUAAUAGUCAGCAUAUUCGCAAACUCUGCCAGAAUGAUACAGAAGAUGAACAAUGUUAUUUGCCUUUGCCAGUGUAGCCUGGCAAAGUAAUGCUAAUGAAUGGGUGUCGGAAAUCUUCGAGAAGCCUUUUUACUCGAAAAAGCCGCCCAAGAAUCCUGUGUAAAAUAUGUUUUUGUAACAUUUCACUUUAUCCGUUCUAAAAAAGGGGUUUCAAACCGGGCAGUUUGGAGAGCACUUGUCACCUGGGAGCUAUUUUCAAAAGGCCAUUUCAUCCAACAACUACUUAUGGGUUCAGAUUGAACCCCAUCACUUCACUGCAUUUCAGUAGCCUGGAGUUUGUCACUCUUGACUCUCGUCACAUGAGGGUAUUUUUUCAACGAGGAACUGGCCAUUAUAAAUCACUGACAACACUGCUAUGGGAAAAUGUCUUGUUCUGUAGGACUCAAAUGACAGGAGGACCAUUUUUAAACCAUAAUCCAAGAUUGUGUCUGUAUACUGAGAAAUACAUGUUACAAUGAAAGGUGGUGCAUCAGUCUGAUAGGACCGAGGCUUUAACACUAAAACCGAAGGGAAAAAAAGAAAUCAUGCUGAAUUUAAUUUGUUUCUUAAUAAUUCAUAUUUAUAUUACUUUGAUGCCAAGGGAUUCAUUUUACAGUGCAAUGUAUUGUGUUAUAUAUGUAUCUAUAAUCUUAAUGGUGCUGAUACAAUUAAUUAAUGACUAGAUCUCACAACGUUUAAGUGCAUUGUCACAGGAUCCAAACAGAUUUUUAUUUCUAUUGUGGUAGCUACGCAAAGGAUAAGUAUUAAGACUUCUUGAGAUAAAUGAAUAUACAGUAGUGCAAAUCGACUUCACUUCACUGCAGCCCACAAACCUCUCCAAAUGUGUGAGAGCCCAGUAAUGACCUCCUAUAAACACAUUCUCUAAAAACAGAAAAAGACAUUCUUUGUAACCUUGAACCGCUGUCAGUUACACUUGCAAGCCACCCUGAAAAGCUGCCAUUACAUUCUGUUCUGCCAGACUGAUCUGUUUCAUUGUCAUGCCCUGUACCUCACAGUACAGUUUUCAAUCUAGACAACCCCUUAUCCAGUUGUAAUCAAACUUGUUUAGUGCAUUCAUUUGCACAAGUUAUCAGAGUGUCAUAAUCUGAGGAUAUAAACAAAGAUACUGUCUACACUGGCAUGCACAUACUGUGGAUGUAGGUCACGGUCCUUUUUAAUAAUGCUGAUGUUAUUAUAUGACGUUAGGAUUACUGUCAAAUGAAAUGAUACUUUUUUUCCAAGGAAAAAUUAGGCAUUACUGUGUCAAUAUUCAUUAACUUCUUUGGAGGAGGGACUGCUGUACAAAGCAAUCUAUAACACAUACAACAGCGAGCACUGUCUUGGCUGAAAUCAAAUGGAAGUCAUGUUUAAAAUGGAUAUGUGUGCCUUUCGUGAAUUCAGACUGAUUGACAAAAUGGCUCAUUUGUAUUUGAACCUCAUAUCUGAUAUGAUCACACUUUUCAGUACAACCUUACAAGCAGACCACAUAACUUCCAAACACCUCUGAAAGCCGUAAAAUGGAUGCUGUAGCAUUCGCUAUCGUUGCAUGAAGUUCAUUUUAAUCCUGUGGGCGACUUUUCCAAAUUGUUUUACCUGUGGAAUUGAAAAAAAUAUAUAAAAGUGAAGAAAUCGUUUAUGCACAAAAUGCCAAAAUGGCAUUGACAUAUUUUCCAAUUACUUUCAGAAAACUUGUAAAGUACUGAUCCAGUUUGUAAGCCACAUUUUCUAAUUCUUGUAUUUAAAAAAAACCUGUAUUUAAGGUCCAUGAACUACUUUAAGAUUUUUUUUUAAUUAUUUUUAUCUUAUUGUAAAUAUUUAGGUGUGGUAGCUUUUUAUUUUAUUUUUUAUUUAUUUUUUUAUUUGUAAAGUUAAGAUUUUUUUUAGAGCAGUUUUUGAUUUACGUUUAAUAUUGGGAGCGCAGCAACUGUUUUUGUAAAAAAAAUUCAAAUAAAAAGCUUGUAACCGUGGUUUCCGCGUUACCGAGGCAGUUUUAGUGAUUAGCAUCUAUUGCAUGUCACCAAGGGAUACAUUAUACUGUAUAUAGCAAAAUACUGGAUUGUAGGCUUAGUCAAAACGAUCAUUUGGAGCACAUUUAAAAUGUCAGACCUCUCAGAUCAAGUUAAACACUUUCAUCUAAAUUACAUCCUAACCCACUGUAGCCCACUUUUUCUAUUAAUAAAUAAAGAAUGAAUGGUAUUUCACAUUGUCUGGAGAACCUCAUCUGUUUUACAGAAUGCUGUACCACAUUUCUACAUAUAAAAAGAGUGUUAUAGUUAAGUAUUACAUCAAUAGUUUUUAUUCAAACAGUGUCCUAGCUAUAGCAUUCAUAUAAAGUUUAAAAGUCAGUGGUCCCUCUAUGCCCUACGUGUUUAACUGGAGAGGUUCAGUCACACACUAAGCUAAUAAGAAUUAGAACAUCUAUAAGCAUUCCAAAGAGUGUUCCGGAAUGAUCUUUCUGACUUAACCUGACAGACAUUCAUUCAAUAAAACAUUUUCAUCAUGAAGCUGUAAAAAAAAAAAAAAAAAGAUCAUAGUACUGUUAAUAUUUGCUAAAUUAUUGAAACGCCUGUACAUUUUCUUUCUUUAAAAAUAUUGUUUUUGAAAAAAAAAAAAAAAAAUCAUUUCAGGCUAUUGUAACUUAAAACAAAUAUAAACCUGAUCAUUUAUAUUCUGUUUCUAUCUUUGAGUAGGAAAUGUUUAAUGUCUAAUGAUUUUGAGCAUUUUGUUAAGUGUUGAAGAAGCCUAUUCACCACUGAGAAGAAAAGACACAUUAGAAGUAAAUUAACAUUUGGUUUUGGGGGCUGGGGAGGGUUAUUUGAACGGUGAAUUUGUCGGCUCAAAUAUCAUUGCUAUUGUUUGCCAUCAUUCAUAAUAAAUGUUUGUUGAAAACCA